UUAAUCCUGUGGAAAGAAUCAUGAGUACACUUAACAUUGCAUUAUAAAAUGCAGCACUUGCCAGAUCAGAAUGUACUUCAGAUAUGGAACAAGUUCUCAGGUCUGUAAAUUCUAUGGCUGAAAUUAGAAAGAAAGCAGAAAGAGUACCAAAUCUAAAAGGAGAAUGGCUUGAAUCACUUGGACCCAUCAUUGAAGUUCUACAAAACCGUACUGAAAGAUUGGAAUUAAAAGGCCAACCAUUCAAAUGUCAUAAAGCAUCUUCUGAUGAGAAUGUUUUUGAGUUUGAAUCACAAGUACAUAAUAUAGACGCAGCUAUAGAAAUUGGGAAAUAUCAGAUGAAGGAUCUAGCCCAAAAAGCAGAUUACCAGAAAUUUUUGGCCACACAUUGUCUACAGCGAAACUACAUUUUCCAAAUACGUAAAUGUGGGAAUGCAGAAUGCUGUAGACCAAGGCGGUGUCAGCAACAGGAGUUUCCACCAUAACCUGAUCCUGUGUUAUCACAU